AGAAAAUAAAAGAAAAGGGAGGGGGUGGAAAUUGAGAAAUUAGCGGUCUUCUUGGUCACACCUCCGAAGUUUUUUGGGGGAAACAAAUUGGGAGCAGUGAACAUCGUCGGAGGGGUAAAUGCGACACAUUCAGCAGCCAUCGCAGGGCCAAACUGCGACGGUCAGCCCUAACACUCACUCUCCCUCCUCUGCCGACGACGCUCCUCCCAAGCAGGUUGCUCUCGCCAUGGACAGACUCGGCCACGCCGCUCGUCUUAUCGCCGACAUCAGACUCGGCGCUGAUCGCCUUCUCGAAGCCCUAUGCGUUACUGCUCAGCCUCAUCAAAGCUCUAAACCUCUCCAUUUGUUUCAGAAAGAAGACGCUUCCAUGCGCCAACACCUCCUCGACCUUCGUGCAGUUGGAAAGCAGCUUGAAGAGUCUGGUGUUCUCAGUGAAUCUCUUCUUUCGAGAAGUAAUUCUUGGGGUCUACAUAUGCCUUUAGUGUGUCCUGAUGGCGCUGUGGUUGCUUAUGCUUGGAAACGUCAACUAGCUGGCCAGGCUGGUGCAUCUGCAGUUGACCGAACCAGGUUAGCUUUAAAGGCCUUCACUGACCAAAAAAGACGGUUUUUCCCUCAUCUUGAAGAUGAAAAUGCGUCAAAUAAUGAGCCUGCUUUGAAGAAGCCUUGUUUUUCUCAUGGAGUGACAGAUGUCAAACAAAAUGAGCUUAUUGAUUCUAGAUCACUCUCGGAUAUUUUAUCCUGUGUGGAAAAGGAAGUGCCAGAGCUUAAGAUUUUCACUUAUGAGCGAUUGGACUGGUUAAAACAAGCUUCAGCCCUUCCCUCUCAAGCAAAUGAGAAUUCAAUAGGAGCAUUGAAAGAACAUAGCUAUCAUAGUCCUAGGAUGAGCCCUGGAGCACUUGGGGCUACUCCUGCAGAUAAAGCUGGUGUGAUUGAGUUGAUUAUUCCUUCGGUCUUUAGAGCCGUAGUAUCUCUGCAUCCAAUUGGUUCUGUUGAACCAGAUGCUCUCGCUUUCUUUUCUCCUGAUGAGAGAGGCAGCCAUGUACAUGCCAGGGGUUUUUCAAAUUAUCAUGUGUUCAGACAUGUUACGGAGCAUGCUGCCACGGUGCUGCAGUAUUUUCUUGGAAAUCAACCAAAAGCAGCUCUUUAUCCUCUAUUGCUUUGGAUCUGCAGCUACCAAAAUUUGUUUUCAAAAGCUUGUAGUAAAUGUGGACGGCGGCUAUCAGUAAACAAACAAUCCGAUUUAUUGUUACCUCCUGUAGUUCGGCCGUACAAACAGUUUUGUGCAUCAAAAAACUCAUCAGCUGUGCCCAUAACCUCAUUGAAAGACCAGAAGCUGGAUUCUGUUCAAGCUUUCCACAUUGAUUGUUUCUCAGAAGAAAUAUAGUCACACAUAGCGGUACAGGGCCUCCUGGACUCUGAUUCAAAUGUUAUACGGCAAUAUCCCCAGAAUCAGAGGAUGGGCCCUGGCUGCUAUGCUAUCUUGUGCUGCUUUUGGUGGAUGCAAUUACAUGCACGGAAUGAUAUUCACAUUCAGAUUAUUCAUAGGAGCUGAUCGUGAUUUCGAAAAUGACCACCUGUUACUGAUGCGGUUAUUUUUGUUGGCUCAAGUAGCUUGCCAUCAUCAAGGCAGGCAAAAGGUACAUCCAUUUGCUUUUGAUAUGAGCAAUUGCUAUUUUUUUUCUCAAUCUGCUCAGAAGAUAGCUUUGGAUUUUGGAAUUAUUUUGUAUCUUUCUUUCCACCUCAGAUACAAGAAAAGGAUGUUAGCCUUUCGUUAGUAAGAGGUGAGCGUGCGUAUGUACAAUACUUUAAAGUUUGGAUCAGCAGAAGAGCGAAAAACUAUAGUAAACGUUUCAACCUCAAGCGUAGAUAUAGUUAUGGAAAACAUUUUGCUGUGUUAUUAAUUAUUCUUGAAAGUUGAAUAUUUGAAUAAUAGUUGGAUGUAUGAUGUA